UGAAAGUUACACAAUAUUUGUAAAUUUUUGAAAAUUUGUUAAUUAGGUAAUCAAGUAAAACCCCACAUAAAAUCCACCACCACUUCCUAUAGAGCUGAAAACAGAGCCAACAACUUCCUACUCAUGUAAAAUUUCAAGUUUGAAAAGCAAAAACUCGAGCAUUUACGAGCCAAAUUUCUUAUUACGGACGCUGCUGUAGGAUCGGGGCAACGGGGACAAAAGUCCCGCCAGACAAUGCAUCGAUUUGGCGAUAGAAGGGGCAGCGGGAUGAUGUCGCAACGACGCCGUUCGACCGAAUCCCGCAUUGAUCAGAUUGUUUACGAGGUGACGCUGGGAAACUAUAUGCAGGCCAUGAUCUUCAUCAACGAUGGCCUGGGUGCGGCGCGAUCUAAUGAGGAAAUACUUGCCCUGAUGGAGCUCAAGAAUAUUGUGGUGCGCCUACGUAUGAAGUGCGAAUCGAAUGUGCAGUUCGGGCCGACGAGAAAAUCCCCAGCUCUGCCCCGUGGCUUCACCGUCGAAAUGCUCGAUGUGGUGCAGAAAGUGCUGCGUUGUCGCAACCAUUACGAAGUGCUGCGCGUCUCUCACCAUGCGACCUACUCGGAGGUGAAGCGUUCCUACAAACGUCUCGCAUUGCGCCUGCAUCCUGACAAAAACCAAGCUCCAGGCGCCGAGGAUGCUUUCCGACGCAUCAGUGAUGCGGCCGAUGUGCUGACCGACAAUCAGAAGCGCAUCGAAUACAAUCUCCACAUGGUGGUCGGCAAUAGCCAUGGAGGGCACGGAUUCUUUCGAAACAGCAUGUUCUCUCAGACCGAUUACAGCGAAAGUGAUUGGCAAGAACCGCACACAUCGGCGUCCACGAACAGCACCGAUGACGAGCUGGGGGAUUUUGAUAAUCAAAACGGAGCUUAUGAAGAACCAAAUCAGAGACGUCGGCGUCCUUAUGAGCCGGCCAAUCAGCGUGUGCCCCAAACGAGUUCGCUCUAUCCCACGGAACAGCUGAUCAUGGGCGUUGUGGCCUCAGUACUGCUCAUAUUUAUCUCCCUGCAUUACUGGACUGCGUCUGCCAAUUAUAGCUUCUCGGCCACCAGCACGUUUAGCGUACGGCGCUCAACUCAACAGCAUGGCAUACCUUACUAUGUUACGCCUGAGUUUGCAGAAAAACAUCCGGGCAUAUCGUCUAAAAAAAUGGAACAGGAAAUUGAACAUUUAUUCUUCGCCGACCUGAAAUAUAACUGCAAACAGGAGCGCCAAAUACGCGAUUCGUUACUGAACCGAGCCCGGCUAGGUAACAAUCGAAAUCUGCGCCUACAUGCCCUCAAGAUGUCUAUGCCCGCGUGCUAUGCCCUCUACAAACUAAGUCAUAAAGACAUCAAUCCCCUAUUGCUGGAAAACAAGUCUGAACAUUAUGUGUAAAAUCUGGGAAUCAGGAAAUGAAUAUGCAACGAAUUUUGAACUAUUGCUUAGUAAUAUCUCGAUCUUUAGUUUUGUAUUUAUAAAUAAACUGUGGCGUACAUUGGAAUUUGAAAGCUCUAA